ACAUAUGCUUAAAAGAUGGCGAAAAAGAUGGUCCAAUAAAGUUUGGGCCGUGGCUCAGUACCGUUCUCAACAUUUGAAAUUACGCCCAAGUCGAAUAUCCCUUGAUCUCUGCAAGCUUCCUUUCGGCUUCCAUUCUGCAAAUCUGCCGUCCUUCCAUAUCGAAAUUCCACAGGUAUAUACUAUAUAGAGGGAGAGAGAUGAGUUCAACCGUGCAUAGGACGCCGAAAUCCACAAGGCAGUCGUUGUUUUUCCAGGAUUUAGCAACGCCGGUUUCUUCCCGGAAAUCCUCUGCUAGAUAUAAUACCACCCCUGGUCAAGCUGCGGCAGUUUCGGCUCUAUGGCGAGAGAAUUUCUCGAGCUCCGAUCUCCCACCACCACCUGUGUUCACGCUUGAGGACCGAUCUGACUGUUCUCCAGAACCUGGGAUUCCGGAAUAUCCUCUUUCAUCGGAAGGGAAAUCAGAUCCUAGAACGCCAGUUCAAAGUGCGGCUAGGGAUUUUUGGACUCCCAAGAGAAACACGUCCGAGACUAGCAAUGGACAUGUUAUAUCCGGAAAGAGAGAGCAGAAUCAGAGGCAGAAUAGUGGUGUUGCUAGCUCGAGUUGGUGGUCGCCUGCUAAGAGUGGCCAUGGUGGUACUCCUGAGCAAGAUGAUAAGGGAAAGGGUUCUCCGGUCGAAGGGGUGGUUCAGCCUGGUGCCUUGAUAACACUACCCCCGCCGAGGGAAGUUGCAAGGCCAGAAAUGAAGAUGAAUUCUAUACCCUUUGGUAACUUGGAUGAGGAGGAGUGGGUCACUGUGUAUGGAUUUUCUCCUGCCGAUACCAAUUUAGUUUUGCGGGAGUUUGAGAAGUGCGGCCUUAUUUUGAAACACAUUCCCGGUCCUCGGGGUGCUAAUUGGAUGCACAUUUUGUAUCAGAACCAUGCCGAUGCACAGAAAGCUCUUAGCAAAAACGGGAUGCAAUUAAAUGGGGUUCUUCUAAUUGGAGUGAAACCAGUAGAUCCCAUGCAACGCCAUGCCCUGAAUGAAAGGCUGAACAACAACAAUCAAGGAUUUGUACCUUUACCACCCCCACUUGCCGCAGGGUCAGGUAAAACCACCCCAGACCCCAUCCCCUCCUUCCGAACGUCACACUUCCUUCAGAAUGGCGGCAGCAAUGGUGGAAGGCAUUCUGCUGGAAGCGUUGCGGAACCAACCAAGUCUGUAGUGUCCAAAGUUAUGGACUUGAUGUUUGGUGUCUAAGUCCUCCCCACACUCCAUCAGUGUAUUUUGCCAUGUUUUUUUGUUUAAAGUUAAUGUUGGGGUAUUUCAAAUUGUACUUCCGGCACAUGUAUCUUUGUGAGAAAUCAAACGUGGUUGAGAUGUUUGAUCUAAUGUAUUAUUGUUACAACUCAUUGAAUUGUCCAAAUGGUCCAAAAUUUAUUAAACAGAUGUGAGCUGU